CCUCUCGGAUCCCACAGCCCGCCUGCUCUCGUCCACUUUUUCUCUCUCUCUCUCUCUCUCUCUCUCUCUUAUCUCCAUUUCUGUCUCUUUCGUUCCUCCACUUUUCUCCAGCCGCCAGAAGCUCGCCGGCUCGUCGCUCUUCCUUCAACUGCUGAGGAUUCAGAAACACUCAGGACGAAGACCCUGUCACUGAAGCUGAGAUGGCAAUGAGCAGCAUUCUCAACGCUGAUGACAUCAAGAGAGCUCUCGAUGCAUUUCCAGCUGGCUCCUUUGACCAUAAGAAGUUUUUCGAGAUGGUGGGUCUGAGGGCCAAGUCUUUUGACGAAGUGAAGAAGGUCUUCCUGUUGCUGGACGCUGACAACAGCGGCUUCAUAGAGGAGGAGGAGCUCAAAUUCGUCCUGAAGGGCUUCGCCAACGAUGGCCGCGACCUGACGGACAAGGAAACCAAAGAAUUUCUAAGAGCAGCCGACAAGGACGGCGACGGCAAGAUUGGAGUCGAUGAGUUCGCUGCCCUGGUGAAAGAGUAGCCGCUCACCCAGAGUGACUGACCCGCUCUCCCAGAUCCACUCCCAGCUCCCGCUACAUCCCGACACCUCCCCCCUCCCCCGCCUCCUCCUCCCCCCUCCUUCCCUGCGGCCAUGCCUCACCCCUCCAGCCGACACCCGCUUCACUCACUCCUCUUCUUCAGCCUCCUCCUCUUCCUCUCGCCCACGGCUGUCUUCGCCAGCAAUGCAACGCUGCACUAGAGGAAGUAAGCGGUGGACGCGCCACGCUCCCCCGCGGCCAGUCAUCCUAUUUAUUUUCCCCUUUUUAUACAAUCCCUCCUAGUUUCUGGGUGGAUAUAGCACAUGCCUGUAGGAGUAAACCUCACGUUCUAAAGCAUAACGUAGAUAUUUAAAGGAAAUAGAGAUUAUUAAAAAUGAAGACCCGAAUGUCCUUCUGUAUUUCUGAAUUCUUUCUUUUCUUCCUCUCACUUCCUGUCUUUCUUUUUCCAUCUUUCUCUUCUCUGUCGAUUUCACUCUUGUCUCUGUUCCCUUCCUUCCUUCCCUCCCACACCAUCACCCCACCCACCCACCCACCCAUCUAUCUAUCUUUCCAUCCCUUUCUCUGCUGGUAAUGAGCUGUUGUAAAACACACCAAAUGAAGAAAGAGGUCAAGCUGUGAAAGAAUAAAAUGAGA